AUAAAGAAUGACUUAUAACGUAAGAACGACAAAAGAAAAAGAGUGAUUUGGCGCUGGACGUAUUCUUGUUUCUGAGGUGCAUUUUUACCGCUGACUGCAUCUUAAUUUCCGUCAAAGUUCCAUCAUCCAAAUAUCAAGCGAAAAUGCAGAAAGAGGCAAAAAGCUCCUAUUUUGAUAUGCCAGCAUUGGAUGUUUCUGUUGCAUUUCCUCAAGCAACUCCAGCCUCCAACUUUCCUACAUGCACUUCAGACUAUUAUAAGUUUGACGAUCUGUUAACUCCUGAGGAGCAAGCCAUCAGAAUGAAAGUGAGGGAAUGCAUGGAGAAAGAGGUUGCUCCUAUAAUGACGAAGUACUGGGAGAAGGCAGAGUUUCCUUUUGAAGUCAUUCCGAAGCUUGGCGCUUUGCACAUUGCUGGCGGCACUAUCAAGGGGUAUGGUUGUCCAGGUUUCUCAAUAACUGGUAGUGCCGUUGCUGCUGCAGAAGUUGCCAGAGUUGAUGCAAGCUGCUCUACCUUCAUUUUGGUGCAUUCAUCUUUAGCAAUGCUCACCAUUGGUCUAUGUGGGUCCGAAAUGCAAAAGCAGAAGUACUUGCCGUCAUUGGCGGAACUUAACACUAUAGCUUGUUGGGGGUUAACUGAGCCUGACAAUGGAAGUGAUGCAAGUGCUUUGGGGACAACUGCUAGAAAGGUUGAAGGAGGUUGGGUACUUGAAGGGCAAAAGCGUUGGAUAGGAAAUGCAACUUUUGCUGAUAUACUGGUUAUUUUUGCUAGAAAUACAUCCACAAACCAGAUAAACGGUUUCAUAGUAAAGAAGGAUGCUCCAGGAUUGCAAGCUACUAAAAUCGAAAACAAAAUUGGACUACGGAUGGUUCAAAAUGGAGACAUUCUCUUAAAGAAAGUUUUUGUCCCUGAUGAGGAUAGACUACCUGGUGUCAAUUCUUUCCAGGAUACAAACAAGGUGCUUGCUGUAUCACGUGUCAUGGUUGCUUGGCAGCCUAUUGGCAUUACAAUGGGUGUUUAUGAUAUGUGUCACAGGUACUUGAAGGAGAGGAAGCAGUUUGGAGCUCCAUUGGCUGCUUUCCAGAUCAACCAACAGAAAUUGGUUCAGAUGUUGGGCAACAUUCAGGCAAUGAUUCUUGUCGGCUGGCGGCUUUGCAAGUUAUAUGAGAGUGGUAAAAUGACUCCUGGCCAUGCAAGCUUGGGGAAAUCAUGGAUUACCUUGAGGGCGAGAGAGACAGUUUCUCUUGGACGGGAAUUACUAGGUGGCAACGGAAUCUUGGCUGACUUUUUAGUCGCAAAGGCAUUUUGUGAUUUGGAGCCCAUCUAUACAUAUGAAGGUACUUACGACAUCAACACGUUGGUAACAGGUAGAGAAAUUACUGGUCUUGCCAGUUUCAAGGCUGCUCCAUUAAGGCAAAAGAGUCGCCUGUGACAAUCUUACUUCCAUCUGAAGUAGUAUUCUGUUGGAUUACCCUCUGUUUUGGCAAUCGUAACUUUGGGAUAAUUCUAAGUUCUAUAUCUGUCCAAAUAAAGAAGUAAUUAAGAAGGUAAAUCCCCUGGAGAUUUUUAAACCAUUAAUAAUGACAAAGAAGUUAGAAUACCACAUAUUGUAAUAAUAUCAACAUAGCAAAUGAUUCAGCUUUGUUUUAUUCAAGAAAAUCUGAUGUUGGAAAUUAGCUGCUAA